AUGUCCUAGAACUAGGAAAUAGUUAAAUUUCCUAAGUAAAACAAUCCGUUCCUGACAAAGACUCGAGACUCACUGUUUGGCGAUGAAAAUCAAAAUCCAAACUCACAGCAAGCCAUGCCAGUGUUGAGCACAUUCGGCUCAGCCAACUCCUGCCAUAGCAAAUUCAAUGAUUUCUUUUCUCAGCCUAAUGUGACUAUGAGUUAGAAAGAGCAUUUACUGGCUCAUUAGCAGAGAGAUCAUAAAACUCAGAAGCACUGUGGGAUGGGCGGGUAAACUCAAAUAAAGUUAGGAGGCGAAGUAGAGAGAAUUGAUCUCUUUGAGAAUGAAUCUUCAUUGUAAGAAUAGCAAAUAUUCAUGCCCAAGUCUUGCUAGCUUCUAAUGCAAAUGACCUCCUCAUAAAAUCACCUAUAUAACCAGCAGUCAUUAGGAAUAAUCAUGCCAAGUCACUCACAGCCGAACGCCAACAGCUAGAAUGACAGAUAUAUACCUAUGAGACCCAAUCAAAGUCAUGAUCACAUUAAUGAAAUACUCCUAGACAACACGAACAACGAUGACUCUGGCAGGAUAAGUUUGCUAUCGAGUGGUGACGAUGACAGCAGCUCAGAUGAAAAUAACGUGAAGGACUAGCCAGAUGAGUUUAAAAUUCUACUUGCCUCGUAGUUAGUCUAAGGUAGAGCCAAAGCAAAUAAGCGAGUCUAUCAUCACAGUCUCAGUCAAAAUAACUUGUGUGAGGAGUUAUCAGAUUAACUUCCAAUUGACAAUCAUAGAAUUUUGCCAAGGAAAUUACUCUCCUUCCAGAAAUAGCAGUACAGCCUUAAGUAGUACUCAAUUUUAUGUCAGAUGCAAGACGAAGACGGUAGACUGAUAAUAGAUGACAGACUUUUUCAAAAUCAACUUUUCAAUACAAAGCAAUCUCAUAAGAAUCAUGAGAGUAGUGCUAAUUCACAAUCACAGGAUUAAUAAUAAGUGUUCAAGCCAAGAAAAAGAGAGUUUCCUUUACCAAGUUCACCAGUCAAGAUACUUGCAGCUCCAAGAGUAUCACUAGACCCUAAUAUCAAUAUAAUAGACUGGGCUCCCUAAAGUAAUCCAUUUGAAACUAAUUCAAAGCUAGCAAUUGCUUUAGAUAGCAUCAUUUAUCUAGUAGGAGUUGAUAACUCAAGACCAAAAAGAUUGGCUUAACUGGCUUAGCAUGGACUAUCUCAGAGACCAUGCUACUACACCAGUGUCUCCUUUGAUAGAAGUGGGGAAGCUAUUGCAGUAGGUACCUCUGAGAGGAAGGUAUAAAUCUAUGAUGUUGAGAGAUGCUAAUAAAUUAGAACUAUUUCAAGUCAUGGUGCUAAAGUAGGAGCACUCAGCUGGAACAGAAGUAUCCUGGCUCCCUAUCUUUUGACUUCAGGUGGUUCAGAUGCAAUGAUAUUCAAUCAUGAUGUGAGAGCUAAAAACUCAGAGAUAUGUGUGAUGCACAAGCACAGAGGGGAGAUAUGCAGUCUCAGUUGGUCAGUGAACCAAUCGCAUGAGAUGAUGCAGACAAGUGAUCCAUCUAACAUCUAUCUUGCAACAGGCAGUAAUUAAGACAAAGCUUUAGGAAUUUGGAAACUAAAUUAAAUUUCUUACCAAAAUGCCUAUCAUAGUGAUCCUUGGUUUUUCGAUAGGGAGACCUUCAACUGCCCAGUAAAAGCUCUUGCUUGGUCUCCAAACUACGAAGGGCUUCUGGCAACUGGUGGAGGUUAUGACGACUAGAUCAUCAGAGUUUGGAAUUUCAAAGUAAGCUAGGAGGUAGUGCACACACUUAGAUGCAGCUCACCAAUCACCUCUCUGAAUUGGAGAAAAACCAAGCUAAAGACCAACAAGCAAAAGAUCCUUGAGGACUUCAAUAUGAAUUUUUGUGAAGAGUUGAUAACCACGCAUGGUGAGCCAUUCAAUGAAAUGAAGCUGUGGCAGGUAAACAAGUACAUGAAGCCUUGUGAGGGAGAAGAUGACUUGCAGGGUCAGAAUAGGUUCUAGACAAAUCCAAAGAAUCCCAAUUUCGACAAGAAAGUGCGCUUCUGGUUCACUAAACAAUAUGAGUGGGAAAGCCAUGAAGAUGAAAUCUUACAUUCAAGCAUGAGUCCAGACAGCCAGCAUAUAGCCACAGUAGGUGCAGACGAGACCAUUAGGAUAUGGAGGAUGUUUGAAAAGUACAGUGACUAUUAAUAUAGUUAAGAGGGUAAGGAUGAAAACAUGAGGCUCUUGACUGAAUAAGAACUAGAGGAAAGGAGGAAACUGUCGAAGCAGAGAUUUGAGAGGCAGGACAAGCGAAUGAUUCACAGAGUGCAAGAGAAAUCCAAAUACAAAUGGUAGCCUUAUGCUAAGGUUGAUCUCUAAGAUGAGAUCCAAGUCAUCAAUCAGACUAAUAAUGAAGGAUUAUCACAACUGCAGAUAAGAUGA